AUGGCAGAGACAGAGCCGAUUGUCACAGAGGGCAUCGAGCCUUCAUCUGGCGAAUCACACUCACCACCUGGCGAACGACACAUCACAGCAACAUGGGGAUCAAAAGACGGGAAUAUAUCAAAUGCGCAAUGGAACGACGCAGAAGCUAAUAAGCUGCCUGAGAAGGUGGCUGAUCUAGAGAGGAAGGGGGAGAUACAUGAUCAGCACCCCAGAAAGAGGAUCGUGGUUGUAGGACUUGGUAUGGUUGGCAUUGCGUUCAUCGAGAAACUCCUCAAAUACGAUGUUAAGCGGAGAGAGUACGACAUUGUAGUCAUCGGCGAAGAACCUCACCUUGCAUAUAACCGUGUUGGCCUGACGAGUUUCUUCCAACACCGAAAGGUUGAGAAUCUAUAUCUAAAUCCUCAAGAAUGGUAUGCAUCCAUGCCAGAAGGCUCGUUGAACUACCACCUCAACACGCUCGUUACGGAGAUCGACUCGGUCAACAAGAAUGUAAAGACUUCGUCUGGACAAACAGUAUCCUACGACAUCCUGGUUCUAGCAACGGGAUCCGAUGCGCUACUUCCCCGACACACACCCGGCCAUGACGCGAAAGGUGUCUUUGUAUAUCGCACCAUCGAAGAUCUACAACGACUGAUUGAAUUCUCGUCAACGCGGAAAGGCACGACUGGCACUGUUGUAGGAGGCGGUUUACUUGGUCUGGAAGCCGCACAUGCGAUGAUGGAUCUUGAGGAUUUUGCCAAGGUGAAGCUUAUUGAGAGGAACCGGUGGGUGCUGUCGAGACAGUUGGAUGGUGAUGCGGGUGGUAUGGUUGUUGAGCAAGUCCGGGCUUUGGGCUUGGAUGUCAUGCUCAGCAAAAGAGUGGGCAAGAUUGUGACCACCGAGGAUAACUUUGUCAAGGGUGUGGUGUUUGAGGAUGGCGAUGAGAUGGAGUGUUCUUGUAUUUGUUUCGCUAUCGGCAUCAAAUCACGGGACGAGCUGGCACGGAAAGCUGGCAUCAAGUGCGCGGACCGAGGGGGUGGUAUUGUUGUUGGAGGGGAUUUGGCGACCUCACAACCUGGUAUCUACGCAAUCGGCGAGUGUGCAAGCUGGGAGAACCAAACUUUUGGCCUUAUUGCACCUGGUGUGGAAAUGGCAGACGUCCUCGCCUUCAAUCUCACCCAAGCGAAAGCACAUGCGCCCAGGAAGUUCAAGGCCCCAGAUCUCAGCACAAAGCUCAAGUUGCUUGGAGUCGAGGUCGCUAGUUUCGGCGACUUCUUCGCGGACCGCGAUGGACCAAAGAAUAUGCCUGGUAGGCAGAGGGCUGAGAAGAAGGAAGCAAAUGGAACGAGUACCAGAGACCGCGUGAAGAACCUGACGGACGGACCCGCACCACCGCCAGUCAAGGCGCUCACAUACAAGGAUCCGUUUCAGCAAGUGUACAAGAAGUACCUCUUUACCAUGGAUGGAAAGUACCUGCUCGGCGGCAUGAUGAUCGGUGACACGAAAGACUACAUCAAGCUUGUACCGAUGGUGAAGAACCAGAAACCACUCGAGAUGGCACCAAGCGAACUUAUCGUUGGUGCAAAAAAGGGUGACGAUGAUGGUUCAGAUCUUACCGAUGACACUCAGAUCUGCUCUUGUCACAACGUCACCAAAGGAGACGUAGUCAACGCGACCAAGGACGGAACAUGCAAGAGCAUCGGCGACGUCAAGUCAUGCACCAAAGCCGGGACGGGAUGCGGUGGCUGCAUGCCUCUAGUUCAGACGAUUUUCAACAAGACCAUGGCUUCCAUGGGUAACGAGGUCAAGAACCACCUAUGUCCGCACUUUGAAUACUCGCGUGCGGAUCUCUUCAACAUUAUCUACAUUAAGGGUCUCAAGAACUUUGCAUCCGUCAUGAAAGAAGCUGGAAAGGACCCCAACUCCUUGGGAUGCGAGGCCUGCAAACCUACCAUCGGAAACAUUGUCUCCUCGCUAUACAACAAGCACCUACUAGAGCUCAACAACCGAGGUCUUCAAGAUACCAACGACAGAUUCUUGGCAAAUAUCCAGCGUAAUGGCACGUUCUCCGUCGUUCCCCGCGUUUCUGGUGGAGAGAUCACCCCCGAGAAGCUCAUUGUUAUCGGCACGGUGGCGAAGAAGUACAAUCUGUACACCAAGAUCACCGGCGGUCAGCGCAUCGACAUGUUUGGCGCGCGGAAGCAAGAUCUCCCAGAUAUCUGGCAAGAGCUCAUUGACGGUGGUAUGGAGUCAGGUCACGCAUAUGCCAAGUCACUGAGGACAGUCAAGUCAUGUGUGGGUACUACGUGGUGUCGAUUUGGUAUCGGCGACAGUGUAGGCAUGGCGGUACGCCUAGAAGAGCGCUAUAAGUCCAUCCGAGGACCGCAUAAGAUCAAGGGAGGAGUCUCAGGUUGCGUACGGGAGUGCGCCGAAGCGCAAAACAAGGACUUUGGUCUCAUCGCUACCGAGAAAGGGUUUAACAUCUUUGUCGGCGGCAAUGGCGGCGCGAAACCACGACACUCUGAACUUCUGGCCAAAGACGUACCGCCGGAUGACGUAGUACCCAUUCUAGACCGUUAUCUCUCCUUUUACAUUCGCACGGCCGAUAAGCUCCAGAGGACGGCGCGGUGGAUGGAGAAUCUCCCCGGCGGCAUCAAGUACCUCCAAGAAGUCAUCCUGGAAGACAAACUCGGUAUAUGUGCCGAUCUAGAGAAGCAGAUGGAAGACCUCGUCGGCACCUUCUUCUGCGAAUGGACUGAAGUCCUCAAGGACCCCAAGAAGCGUUCUUGGUUCUCUCAGUUUGCAAACACAUCAGAAACCAUCGUCGACACCAUCGAGCCGACCGAAGAGCGAGGCCAACAACGCCCAUCGUACUGGCCCAAAGACAGCAUCACAGAAGAUUUCAGAGGCACAAAGUGGACAGAACUCUCCUGGCAGCCGCUCGUCAAGGCCGACGAGUUCAAAGACACCGACACGGGAGACAGCAAAGCCAUCAAGCGCGGCGACACCCAACUCGCCGUCUUCAAGGUACGUGGGAAAUAUUACUGCACACAACAAAUGUGUCCGCACAAGCGCGCCUUUGUCCUCUCCGACGGCCUCAUCGGCGAUGACAUAGCCAACAACAAACUAUGGGUCUCGUGUCCUUACCACAAGCGCAACUACGAGCUCUCGGGCGACAACGCAGGCAAUUGUGCAAACGACGAGUCCGUCAACAUUGCCGUGUUUCCGAUUGAGGAAAGGGGCGAUGGGUGGUUGUAUGUCAAGUUACCCAGCGUGGAGGAGCUGGAUAGUGUGCUGGGGACGAGUAAGUUCAAGAUUAAGAAGAGCGAGACGGAAGAUCCUUUUGUGGCGCUUGACAAGAAGUUGCAGAGGAUGCAGUUGAAGGGGCGGAAGGGGAUGCAGGUUUCACAUCUUGAGGAUGGGUUGGGGGAGAAGGGGAGGGCGGCACAGAUACUCGCUGGUGGGGAGAGAGGGGCUGGUGGGCUAGACUGGUGA